CACAGCCCAAUCCGCAAUUUGGUUCAAAUCGAAACACGAUCUGGUUCUGAUGAUGACGAGACAACUCAGCCACGUGUGCAUACGACAGCCACCGCAUUGAUUGCCGCACAGCCGCACCGGCGGCGCUGCACCACACCGUCGGGGAUGGCACCUAACUUUUCACGACUAAUACUGCCACAUAUAAAGAAAGUGAUUUGGUAUUAGCCCAUGCCAUAUCUCUCCAACUACAAAUAACCCUUCGCCCUUUUUGCACCCAACAAACACUCUCGGUCCCCUUCCAACUCUCCACUGUCCACUCUUUUGAGUUGGAUUGUUUAGCCUUUUCUUUUGCUAUGGCGCUGAAAUCGUUCGUUGAAGUCCAUCCGGACUCGCACUUCCCGAUUCAGAACCUUCCGUACGGUGUGUUCAAGGCAGGAUCGGAUUCGGAGCCGAGGCCAGGCGUCGCCAUUGGAGACUAUGUGCUCGACCUUUCGGCUGUUGCCUCUGCUGGUCUUUUCGACGGACCGUAUCUUAAAAGUUCCGAUUGCUUCGAUCAGCCUAAUCUUAACAAGUUAUUGGCAUUGGGACGACCAGCGUGGAAGGAAGCUCGUGCAACUUUGCAGAAGAUAUUAUCAGCUGCAGAACCAGUAUUGCGUGAUAAUGCAAGUCUAAGGGAGAAAGCCCUUCUGCCUAUGAGCAAGGUGCAAAUGCUUCUCCCUAUAAUGAUAGGGGAUUACACAGACUUCUUUGCAUCAAAGCAUCAUGCUAAGAAUUGUGGCCUGAUAUUCCGAGGCCCCGAAACCCCUAUCAACCCAAAUUGGUUUCACAUUCCGAUUGCUUACCAUGGGCGUGCAUCAUCUAUUGUCGUCUCGGGCACAGAUAUCAUCAGGCCAAGAGGACAAGGCCAUCCAGCUGCCAACUCUCUGCCCUAUUUUGGAUCUUCCCGUAAGUUGGACUUUGAACUGGAAAUGGCUGCUGUUGUUGGUUCUGGAAAUGAAUUGGGGAAACCUGUGGAUGUGAACGAGGCAGCUGAUCACAUCUUUGGACUAGUUUUGAUGAAUGAUUGGAGUGCAAGAGAUAUCCAGGCAUGGGAGUAUGUUCCUCUCGGCCCUUUUCUUGGAAAAAGUUUUGGCACGACUAUAUCCCCUUGGAUUGUCACCUUAGAUGCUUUGGAGCCAUUUGCCUCUGAUGCACCAGAGCAGAUCCCUCCUCCACUGCCUUAUCUGGCAGAAAAGGAACACAAAAACUAUGACAUCUCCUUAGAGGUUUCCAUUGUUCCUGCAGGUAAAAAAGAUGCAUCCAUUGUAUCAAGAAGCAACUACAAAAACCUAUACUGGACGAUAACCCAGCAACUCGCGCACCACACCAUCAACGGAUGCAACCUGAGGCCUGGUGACCUCCUCGGAACUGGAACUAUCAGUGGCCCUGAACCCGAGUCGUAUGGAUGCUUGCUCGAGCUAACCUGGAACGGACAGAACCCGCUGUCUUUAGGUGGAACACCUCGUGCAUUUCUGGAGGAUGGAGAUGAAGUCAUCUUCACGGGGUGUUGCAAGGGGAAUGGUUACACCGUCGGCUUCGGCCAGUGCUCCGGGAAGAUCCUUCCGACGCCUCAUUGAAAACCUGAUCUGCUUAUAUUGAAGAGCACUGAUAUCCUCGUUGUUCUCUGGCUUGAAAGAAAUCCUUCAUCCUUGUAUGCUGUAAUAGCAUAGGAUUGUCUCUGUAACAAUCCAACACCUGAAUAAGGAAACUCUGCUGAUUCUGUUAGGGAAUUUUCAGUGGAAACUUACUGCCCUGCUUGAAAUAAUAUUCUGCGGUUGACGUAGCUGAA